GUUAGUCCUUUCCAGGCUGAAGGAUUGAGACCAGUGAUGGUUUCAAGAACAAUGGGAGGGUUCACUAUCAACAUUAUUGACACCCCUGGACUUGUGGAAGCUGAAUAUGUCAAUCACCAAGCCCUCGAGUUAAUCAAAGGGUUUCUUGUGAACAGAACCAUAGAUGUCUUCUAUGUUGAUCGUUUGGAUGUGUAUAGAGUCGAUGAGCUAGAUAAGCAAGUUGUGAAGGCAAUCACCCAAACCUUUGGAAAAGAGAUAUAUGGUGAAAAUUCUUGCUUGUUCUGACUCAUGCUCAGUUUUCCCCUCCUGAUGAACUUUCCUACUAAACUUUUUCCUCCAAGAGAUCAGAUUCUUUUCUCAAAACUAUCCGUGCUGGUUCUAAAAUGCGAAAA